UUUGGAGGAAGUUUUAUUAUCUACACCCACAAAAAAUUUGUGUGUGCGACCUAUACAACUUUGACUUUUCAAAGCAGAACUAUGAAAACCAUCUAAUAUCAACAAAUCAGUAAUUAGCCUGAAUCACCAGGCACCAGCAUGGUUCUGCCACCACCUACGCACCUGUGUACAUCCCCUUCUUUGUCUUGCUAGUGUUCAGUCCCGUAGUAGAUCAAGAACCAAGCAAAUGGCAUUGACUCUUUUUGACCACCAGGGAAAUGUUCCGUUCGUCUUCCCCUAAAAACAGCAGCGGGCGUUGGGAACAAUUCUGACUCAAUCCAUUCUCUCAGUGGAAAGAGAAAACUAAAAGGUCAGGCUAUCUCAUCGGAGAUUCACUACUUUUGCUUUUUAAUGCUUUUCCCUUUGUUCACCUAUGAAAGGGGGAAGAACGCCUUGUCGGCACUGGCAUGAGAACUAUUUAAACAUUACGAAAGAAAGCAAAAAACAUUCGUGGCAUUGUUGCGGUGAGUUCCACGGCUCCUGUUCGCGUAAAUAACCACCCUCUUCAUUCUGGAGCUGGGGUUACGCUCCAAUUUCUCAGCCGGGUAUCACUCCGGCCAGCAGGUGGCACUGACCUGCAAACAAAGGAAAACACAGAGGCAUUGACUUUUUAAAAGCCUUUUGAAUUUGCUUCGCCUUCCCGCAGUCGAGGACUCGUGGGGGUGACGACCGCUUACUUUUCUGCACGGAUUUGAGCUGGAGGAAUCCUAGUGGAUCUUUUCUCUCCUCUGUGCUCCCUUCCACGAUCACCUCUCCCUCUUUGUGAAGCCGGAGCAAGAAAUAGGAAUGCAUGAGAGGCAUGGUGAGCUGAAAAUACACAAUUUAUCCAAUGCAGAACUGUGCUACCCAACUGGAAUGACUACCAAAUGUGCAGUUAGUAAAGGAGAAUUGCAAACAUUCAAAAGAAAAUAAAGUUUGCAUUUUCUAUAUAGCUAAAGUUAACUUCUACUUGUCCUUCAUAUGACAGAGUUUUCUGAUGUUUCACUGUUUUGACCAUCUCCUUUUGAAUAUACUUGUGCUAAAUAAGGUUUGUCUUCAAGAGCAGUUCAGUUGCGAUAAAACUAUUGCUACAACUUGACUUCUGCACAAAUUAUUUCUGUAGAAAAGGAAAAACUAGAUUGUUCAGUUCAAGGGAAUGAAGAAUUCAGAAUAAUUUUGACAAAUGGAUUGCAAUAUGGGGAAUAAGAAUAAAGCGAACAUUUGACCUGCUUUGAAGAGACAUACUGUCCAUUUGUCUAAAGUAAUCUCUAACAAUCUAAUCAAAAUGAAUUCAACAUUAUUUUCCCAGGUUGAAAAUCAUUCAAUCUACUAUAAUUUUUCAGAGAAGAAUUCCCCAUUUUUUGCUUUUGAAAAUGACGAUUGUCAUCUGCCCUUGGCCAUGAUAUUUACAUUAGCUCUUGCUUACGGAGCUGUGAUCAUUCUAGGGGUCUCUGGAAACCUGGCCUUGAUCAUAAUCAUCUUGAAACAAAAGGAGAUGAGAAAUGUCACCAACAUCCUCAUUGUGAACCUUUCCUUCUCAGACCUGCUUGUUGCCAUCAUGUGUCUGCCCUUCACAUUUGUGUACACAUUAAUGGACCACUGGGUUUUUGGUGAGGCAAUGUGCAAGUUGAAUCCUUUUGUGCAAUGUGUUUCAAUCACUGUGUCCAUUUUCUCUCUGGUUCUCAUUGCUGUGGAACGACAUCAGCUGAUAAUCAACCCACGAGGGUGGAGACCAAGUAAUAGACACGCGUACGUAGGCAUCGCUGUCAUUUGGGUUCUUGCUGUGGCUUCUUCUCUACCCUUCCUGAUCUAUCAAAUAUUGACUGAUGAGCCGUUCCAAAAUGUAACCCUCGAGGCCUUCAAGGACAAAUAUGUGUGUUUUGAUAAAUUUCCGUCAGACUCUCACAGGCUGUCUUACACUACGCUCCUCCUGGUGCUGCAAUAUUUGGGCCCACUAUGUUUUAUAUUCAUUUGCUACUUCAAGAUAUAUAUACGCUUAAAAAGAAGAAAUAACAUGAUGGACAAGAUGAGAGACAAUAAGUACAGGUCCAGCGAGACCAAAAGAAUCAACAUCAUGCUGCUUUCCAUCGUGGUGGCAUUUGCAGUCUGCUGGCUGCCUCUCACUAUCUUCAACACCGUGUUUGACUGGAACCAUCAGAUUAUUGCUACCUGCAACCAUAACCUGUUGUUUCUGCUCUGCCACCUCACAGCAAUGAUAUCCACCUGUGUCAACCCCAUCUUUUAUGGAUUCCUCAACAAAAAUUUCCAGAGAGACUUGCAGUUCUUCUUUAACUUCUGUGAUUUCCGGUCUCGGGAUGAUGACUAUGAGACCAUAGCCAUGUCUACCAUGCACACAGACAUCUCUAAGACUUCUUUGAAGCAAGCAAGCCCAGUCGCAUUUAAAAAAAUCAACAAUGAUGAUGAGAAAAUUUGAAACUGCUCCUAGCGUACAGUUUCAGAUGAUAUCUGCUUAAAGGCAAGCAUCACCUGCAACAUACUUUCCUUACCUGUUUCCUAAGGAAUGGGGUUAAAAUUAUUUGAUAGAGACCAAGAAUUUUCAUGUCUUGCUUUUUACUGCUUUUGUAGAAGCUGGCCUAAUUACAUUUGGAACAAAAUGUACGGGCUUUGGAAUCUUCUGGCAGUAGUUUGGACCAGACAUCCUUGAAGUGCUUUUGUAAACUUAUGCAUAUAUAUAAAGACUUUUGUAUUGUAUUUAUUGGAAUGAAAUUUCUUUAAAGUAUUACUACUAACUUUAGAAACACUACACCUGAGACUGUCACUAAAUUAGGCCCUCAUGGUUGCCAAAGACUGUCAAAAGAUUGGGCAAUCCUGAUGCAGUAACAGGCAUCAUUAGAGUCUGUCGGGGAUCCCAGCAUGCAAAAGCAGCACUCAGGAUGUAGAGCUAUGAGUCCCUGUGUGAAGUCUACUCGUCCAAAGUCAUUCAGGAGUGAUUUACAUUUUUAUAAAAAUUUUUAAGAAAAGAUUUAAUUUACUCCUUAUUGAUUAUCACUGAAAGAUUAAAAAUGCAUAAAGGAUAAUUCUCAACUGCGAAUAUCCUGGGGAACUGGGCCACCUGCAAGAAUUAGGUGGGAAAGCAGUCCUCUAACUUCCAUUCUGGUACCUGACAGCCAAAGGAUUUUAGAGGAAUUAGUGUAAGAAGUAAGUUGCUAUUGCUGCAGAUAGUUGAACUACACGCAUUUGAGUUGAUGGUCAAGAGGUUUUCCAUUCUUAAGAGACUGUUCAGUGUUUCAAGUUUUCCAGCAUAAAUAUACAUGUUAAUUCAAAAGGCAUUUCCAACUUAGAGUAUAUGAAAACACAAAAUGUAUUUUCUAUACAUCAGUGCCUACAUAGUAACUCAUUUUUAACCUUCAAUGUCCAUCUUUUAAAGAAGGACAAAAAAGUAGAAUGUUACGAGAAUGUUCCUCUGGCUAGCAGGAAUAACUACCUGGUGACUGAGAACUCUUCACAUAACUCAUGUUAACUUGUAUAAACAGUGUGCCUUGUAGAGUCUUAUAAAUGUGCUUUAUAUAGAGGACUGUGUAGUUGUGUUAUGUUAAGAUACUUUAUUUCAUGUAUCCUGUAAACAUGAUUAAACCUCAAAAGAUAUUUGAAAGAACAAGACAUGUCUUUGCUGUAUUAUACAAAGCAUUCAAAGUAUUAAAUGUAUUUGAUUUUAGAAGGGCAUACUUUUUCUUCAUUAAAAU